UUUCGAGCCGGUCUGGGCCUCCAUAUUGGCACUGUGCAAUAAACUAAAGGGAAGCGCCAUCUAAAAGCGUCACCAUUGGAUUCCACGGAAAAAUAAUUCGAUUUACCAGAUAAAAAUUUUUUAUUGUAGUUUCGAGAGUUUUUAGCAGAAAAAGCAAUUUCGGUUAGGUAUUUUUGGCUGAUGCACAUUGCGAUUGAUUGAAAUUUUUAUCGAGACAAUCAUGCCACGAUGUGCCGUUAUGCCAGAUGCCGUCAGUCUAUAAAUUAAGUGUUUGUUUUAUUGAACCAAAUGUCGGGACAUUUCCGAAUAGGGCAACUGUACCCUACUGCACUAUCACCUAUAAAUCCGCAUGUAUUUAUAAACUAUUAUUUUUAAACAACUCCUAAGGCAAAGGUAAAAAUAUAUCGUAUUUUGUGGUCUAAAGUCUGAAAGUCCAUGCUGCCAUUGGAAAAAUUCUGUAUAUUGGGAAAUGUUGCUUGAUUUCGUAUUAUUGCUAAAAUUCAGAGAACCUAUAGUGAGAUAGUCUGAAUUGUGUUUACUGCAUACACACAAUUCUGCCAUUUUGUGUGGUGAGAUUUGUUAUAUUCAGAAAUAAGGAUGGAUAUACGUUCAAAAUUUUCCAUGUCUGGUGUCAGACAAAUGAGCUCUGAUGCUUCAACAUUGUUUACUAGAGCUUUGCAGUAUACAGAGGAAAAACUGGGCAGUGCAGAAAAAACUGAAUAUGAUGCAAAUUUUGAAAAUCUUCUCGAGCGUUAUGAUCGCACUAAAAACUGGACUGAAAAGUUGAAAACACAGACAGAAAUAUCAUUACAACCGAAUCCAAAUAUGCGUAUGGAAGAUUUUGUUUACACAAAAUUAGAUAGAAGGCCACCCGAACGUGCAACAAAUCAAGAAAUAUUAGGUGCUACUAUGAUUGAAGCAGGGAAUAGCUUCGGUCCUGGUACAGCUUAUGGGAAGUCUCUUAUAAAAUGUGGAAACACUCAAAUGAAAUUAGGAGAAUCAGAAAAAACACUCGUUCAUACAUCAGCAGUAAACUUUUUGAAACCACUCGCGAAUUUUCUUGAAGGCGAUUGUAAAACUAUACAAAAAGAACGCAAGACGCUUGAAACAAAGCGACUUGAUUUAGAUGCGUGUAAAAACAGAGCAAAGAAAGCAAAAUCACUAGAGGCUAGACAGUCGGCCGAAAAUGAUUUGAGACUUGCGCAAACUGAUUUUGAUCGUCAACAUGAAAUAACAAAAUUACUACUUGAAGGAUUAAGCAGCACUCAUUCACACCACUUUCGAAGUUUGAAUGAAUUUAUUGAAGCACAGUCACAAUAUCACGCAUCCUGUCAUCAAGUAAUGCAGGAACUCAAAGCUGAAUUGAAUAGCUUAGGUGAUUCACCAACAGCAGGUGCAGGUUCAUUUAACCGAGCACUACAACCUUCAGCUCCUGUUGAUGUUAAUGAUAUAACAGCAAGAGAUGCGAAUUUACCUUUCAUUGGAUCACGAAAAGCGAGAGUUCUUUAUGACUAUGAUGCCAACGACACAACUGAGCUAUCUUUACUCGCUGACGAGGUAUACGACCACAUCCCCGAACAAAAUUUUACUUUAAAUUUUCUGACGCCACACUCAACCAGCUCCGACAUGGGGUAAUUACAGUUACUGCUGUCCCUGGUAUGCAUCAAGAUUAUGUGAUGGGGGAAAGACGAUCAUUAAAAGGAAAAGUUCCACUCACAUACAUAGAGAUUCUAUGAAGAUUCCACUAUCCAUAUUCAUAAAGUCAGAUGGAGAGAAGAAGUCGAAGAUACUCGUUAUAUACUCGUCAUUUCGUGCACCUGUGGUGUGAUCAUAUUAUAUGUAAUACUAUUUAGGCGACUGGAGAAACCCAUGCUGCAUUUUCUGCAAAGCGGAGUGGUAUUUAUGGAUCAUUCCUGUCAUGUCACAGUCUUGCCUUUGCUUGGUGAGAGAAUGACACGAAAAUAUAGUUUUUGGUUGCUGACUUGUAUGUCAGAGGACUACUCACUACAAAGCUCAAUACCGAUUUUAUGAUGGCAAAUACAAUAUAUAUAUUAGUUAGUUGCCUUUAAUCAUAAUUAAGUAUUAAUUUAGAGGUAGUAAAGUACAUGUGGUGGGAAGCUUAACUUUUACAAUUCUUAGCAUGUUUCAUUAAUGUCACACAUGCAGUGUUACAAUAUUUUUUUAUCAGUUAUGUAUCCAUAUAAAAGUUAUCGACAAUGUACCGAGCGACUACCAAAUGCUCUCGUUUAAUUAUUUAAAUUACAAUAUGUGAUAAAUUUUUGAUUGCUUUAUUUAUUCGUUCGCCUAACUCCAACGUUUCUCAUUUCAUAUUUGAGGAAACUCUGAUACUUCAUAAAAACACAUUUGGCUGAUGGUUCUGUAGGAGUCUGCAAACAUAAUGGCUUCCAGGACAAGUCUUAGACUAAUUAUAUAUUUCAAUGUUCCAGCCAGUGACUUCUAACCAGUAAUCUUAAUUCUUGCAAACUCUUAUCUCCUAUCACUCAUCUCUUGCAUAUAUAAAAUUUAUUCAGUAAUUUUAUACCAAAUGGUGACUAUAUCAGCUAUGACUAUAUGUUUCAUACUGUUUUAGGAAACUGAAUAAUUUUUAGGUAUUUGUUACAUAUAGCUGUUAAGCUUCAAUUUCUUAUCAGUAAAUUUCUGAACAUCCACUGGUAUUACGAUAAUCAAGCCGGAUAUAACUUCAUUAAGUCUAUGCCAUUUGUGAUGGUAAAUGUUACUUAUUUUUCAUUCAGGAAAAUAAUUUGGCAUUCACUCUUACCAUACAUCAUAUAUGUCAUAUACACAAAAAAACAUUUUGAGUGAAAGGAAUGUCAAGCCUAACAAUAAUAUUUUCAAUGUUGUUUAGAGGUAGAUGAGUUCAUGUAGUUUUCACCCGCAACAAAUGAUUUUAAUUGUAAUGCUGGAACUGCUAGUUUUUCUAGCUUGAAUUUCAAAAGACCAAGUAAGCAAUCGGCACCAUCAUCUGAAAAGUUGCUUUGCUAUUGAUGCCAACUCCUCUGAAUCUGCAAUGGAAGUAAAGCUGUCUUUCCAGCAAGCAGUAGCAUGUGCUUGCCAUCGAUAUAUAUAUAUAUACAUUUGCUUGUUUUCCAUACUUGUUUCAAUAGCCCGUUACUGUUGUUUUUUGGUCUCUGUAACGUAUAAAAAUAUAUUUGUAGUGGAGCGUAGUA